GUCUGAUGUGAUCAUUAACCUUUCUGGAAAACGCAGCUGGCAGUUCUCUGAGGUUUGUCAUUAGAAUGUGAGGAGAGCCACACAGAUACCGCAUAGACCAUUCAAAGAUUGUUUGGUUUCCUUUCAGAGCUACUGCUCCACCUUAGUGCGGCAGAAAAAUGAGAUUUCAACAAUUCUUUUACGUAUUUUUAAUUUUUGUGAUGAGCCUUCUUAUCAACGGUCAGAGACCAGCUAAUUUGGCAAUGAGAAGAAAAUUGCACAGACACAACUGCCUUCAGAGGAGAUGUAUGCCUCUCCACUCACGAGUGCCCUUCCCCUGAGAUCUUCUCUAGUGAAAUUCACCUGGUCUACCAGAAGAAGAAAAGAAGUGAAUCCAUCCACAUAAUAGUGUGAUUGCUUAGAAGUUCCUGUAAGAAAGGAAUUGUUUGAAAGCACCUGGGAUGGUUUAUUAGUUUCACAAGAUUCUCUUCCUCUUGGUUUCUCUUUAGAGGGAAAAUAUCAUAAAUUCAAAAGCAAUUCUAGUCUGAAGCACAAUUACUUGCAACAAAAAUCUCUCAUCUUUUUCUGCACAUUAUUAUUCUUACAUGGUUUAAAAAGAAAAAUACUUUUUAAUAUCUUAGAACUCUCUAAUUGUAAAAAGUACAAGAACUGAAAAUUUUUUUCAUAUUCUUAUAAUUCUCCAAAACUAUUAAAUAACUUUUUAUAUGUUUGAGUGAUUUUUUUGAAAAAAUGCUAAACCUGAAAUCAAAUGCAUUGACCAUCUGGCUUUGUAAAAUAAGGAGAAAAUAAUUGGUUCAUGGAUUAUUUAUGUAGAGAGACUAAGAAAGAAGUUAUUGUUACCAAUUUUAUAUGAUAGACUUUAAUGUUUAUAAAAGUAUUUUUUUAUUUUGAAUAAUACCCACUUAAAGUUGUAAAAGAACAUUUGAAAUACUAAUUGUAGUUCCUUUUAUUUUACAGCUGAAAUGUUCAUUUCUGAAUCUAUUUCUCAUGAUGUAGUUAUAAGAAGCCAAGGUUUGAUUUCCUUUGAAGUUCUAUGUCCUUGAUUCAUUUGUACAGAUAGUUUCUUAGAAAGGCCCACUUAAAGUUGACAUUUAAAAUCCACUUAUGCCAAUGAGCUCCCAAGCAGGGCAAUAUCUCUUUUCUAACGUAUGAGUGCUCACCAUUCUGCUGGGCUUUGUUUUGGUGCUGAUUUGGUGCUGUGGUGGUGAGACGUGUAAAUGAAAAAAUCAUAGGAGACUCAGGGAUGUGAUUACCAAAAGGAAACUAUCCCAUCUAAAUCGGAACUGUAUUGAUAAUUAGGUGUUCCCAAGUUGUUAAAUAUGAUCUUAAUUUGUAUUUAUUGAAAGACUGUUAUCUCAGUGCCAUAAUGUUUUUAUUAUUUUACUAUAACUUAAUUCCAGAUAUAAAAUUUACAAAUUCAUAUCAGCACUGGAAACUUUAUUUUGUAAACAUUAUAGAAUGGGAGAAGCCAUAACCAUUUAACCCUUACUUUGCUAAAAUGAAAGGUUGGGAUCACCAUAUAAAGAAUUUGAAAUAGAAAUUCUGACAUCAUGGUAUUUGUCUCCCUUUUAUAGCUUAUUAAUGGUGUCUUUUAUAAUGGAAGGUGCUUAUAUAAAGAAAUAUAAUUAAAUUUACACACAAACAAAAAGUGUUUUAUGAAAUGUGUUACCUCAUUAUUUAAAUUGGAUAUUUUGGGGAAAUUCUGAAUGAUUUUCUGGAUAAAUUAUAAUUCCUUUACACAAGUACAUUUCAGUAGAAAUAUAAGCUAUUGUCAAUUAUAUUUAUGUUUAAAACAUGUACUCACUUAUAUAUUUUGGACAAAAAGAGAAAAUUAAUAUUUUAUACAGUUCAGAUGAAUCUCCUUUAAUACAAGCCUACACUUUUUCAAAUACAGAUUCUCACAGUCACAGAAGUUAAAAACCAGUCAUACCAUUGGAAGGUAAUUAAAUGGUUACAGAUUUCUGCUCAUCGACUUCAAUAAUUGUUCAAUAAAAUAUUCAGUGAUUUGA